AUGCCUGCCAUCCAUCCCUCCUCGCCGAUGCCUGCCAUCCAUCCCUCCUCGCCGAUGCCUGCCAUCCAUCCCUCCUCGCCGAUGCCUGCCAUCCAUCCCUCCUCGCCGAUGCCUGCCAUCCAUCCCUCCUCGCCGAUGCCUGCCAUCCAUCCCUCCUCGCCGAUGCCUGCCAUCCAUCCCUCCUCGCCGAUGCCUGCCAUCCAUCCCUCCUCGCCGACGCCUGCCAUCCAUCCCUCCUCGCCAACGCCUGCCAUCCAUCCCUCCUCGCCAACGCCUGCCAUCCAUCCCUCCUCGCCAAUGCCUGCCAUCCAUCCCUCCUCGCCAAUGCAUGCCAUCCAUCCCUCCUCGCCAAUGCCUGCCAUCCAUCCCUCCUCGCCAAUGCCUGCCAUCCAUCCCUCCUCGCCAAUGCCUGCCAUCCAUCCCUCCUCGCCAAUGCCUGCCAUCCAUCCCUCCUCGCCAAUGCCUGCCAUCCAUCCCUCCUCGCCAAUGCCUGCCAUCCAUCCCUCCUCGCCAAUGCCUGCCAUCCAUCCCUCCUCGCCAAUGCCUGCCAUCCAUCCCUCCUCGCCAAUGCCUGCCAUUCAUCCCUCCUCGCCAAUGCCGCUCGGCUCCACCACCUCCCUCAUAGCACCAUGGGCGGCUGCAGAAGCCACCUCCCUCACAUGCUCCUUCCUGUCCCUCCUCCCGCCUCUGGUGCAGGCAUCACGGCUGGGCAUCACAACAGUGGUCUCCACCGACUCGCUGCGCCACAUGAUGCGCGGCUUCAGCAGCAAAGAAGCCAACCCGCUGCUCUACGCGUCCACGUACCAGGCUGGUGAACACCUCGACCCCGCCGCUGUUGCUGAUGCCAAGGCCAGGAAGAAAGCGGGCAAGCUGGCAGGGAAGCACAGUGGCGCACAUGCUGGUGGACAGGCGGACGCGGACACACAGGGUGCAGCAGCUCAGAGUGACUGGCAAGGAAGCCGGCAGAUGGGGCAGCUGGCAGGGGAGGUUGGGGGGCGGGUGGGGCGGAGAGAGAUGCAGGGCGGUGUGUGUGUGGGCUCUGGUGAGAGCGGAGGAGAGGGAGGAUUGGGUUCACAGGAGGGGGUUCGGCGGGGGGAAGGGCGGGUAGGCGGGGAAGAGAACCGCGGGGGAGGAGGUGUGAUGACAGGGGGAGGUGUGAUGACAGGGGGAGGUGUGAUGACAGGGGGAGGUGUGAUGACAGGGGGAGGUGUGAUGACAGGGGGGGAUGGGGGUGGGAGGGAGGAGAGGGAGAUGGGAGAGGCGGUUUGGAACGGGCGGACGAGCGUAACAGGGUUGGACAGGGAGAGGAGUGGGGAAGGAGGUGACGAGGGUAGGAGAGAUUUGGGGAGUGGGAGGGAUGCUGUGAAUGGGAAGGAGGCAGUGAGUGAGAGGGAGGGAGUGAGUGAGAGGGAGAUGGUGAUUCAGGGGUACAAGGCGCAGAGUGAGAUGGUGAUUGGCAGUGUGGAGCAGCUGCUGUGCAAGUGGGAGCGCUGCCAUGAGUCCGCCAUCGUGGAGGGCGUUCACCUCAGCCUCAACUUCGUGAUGGAGCUGUUGAAACGGCACCCCACCAUCAUUCCCUUCGUCAUCUACAUCGGCAACGAGGCGAAGCACAUGGAGCGGUUUGCAGUGCGCGCCAAGUACAUGACGCUAGACCCGCGGCGCAACAAGUACGUGCGCUACAUUCGCAACAUCCGUGCCAUCCAGGACUACCUCGUGCGCCGCGCCGACAAACACCUCAUUCCCAAGGUGGGGUGCGAUGGGAUAGAGAAGUACGUGAUGCUGAAGGGCCAACCCAGGCUCAUGAUGCCCAAGAUAACUGAGCUCAUGAUGCCCAAGAUAACUGAGCUCAUGAUGCCAAAGAUAACUGAGCUCAUGAUGCCUAAUCUUUGCAUGAAUCACCUCGUGCCGCUGUGUGCCUGCCUGGCGACAACAGCACCGAGAGCCUCAAGGCUUGCUGCUCUCCCACUCUCACCCCUCCCCCUUCCCGACCCUUGGAUUGUCACACAGGUCAACAACACGAACAUGGACAAGAGCGUGGCGGCCAUCCACGCCACGGUGUUUGCCUGCCUGCGGCACCGCGCAGCGGGGGAGAGCAUGUACAGCCGCGCCUCCAACACGCUGCCGCUGCUGCGCCACGAGUACGACACGCAGUACACCGCCUCGGGACUCGGCUCCAAAGGCAUGCUUUACGUCAUACAGCGGGAGGGCAGCCUCAGGGAGGGCAGCCUCAGGGAGGGCAGCCUCAGGGAGGGCGGCAGUGUGCGCUCCUCUGCCUCUGACCCCUCGGACCCCCUCUCUGGUCUGCCCACGCGGGCCGUCAGCCUCCCAACGUACGCCUUUGGUGCUGAUAGCAGCGGGUCGGGUGCUGCAGGGGAGCCCUACCCGCCUGCUGCUGCCCACACUCGCCUCUCACCCGUCCCACCUGACUUCCCACCUGAUGAUUCUUCACAUGGUUUUCCACCUGGAGCAGAGGCAUCUCAAAGCCACGGCCCGCCCUCCCUGUCAACACUGCCUUCCCUGCCGCCACGCUCCUUGCGAGUGUCAGAGGGCAGCGCAGGCACCACCUCAUGGGGGCGCUGUCUACAAGCAGGCCAAGCUCAGGCGAGCGUGUGUCCAGAGGAGCUGUCAGACGGGUAUGCCUCGGGCUACAGCUCAGGGGUGCCACCCAGGGGGCCCAGAAGGGAGGCCUUUCCUUCCGCAGCAGAAGCGUCGUUCCCAGCAGGGGCGCAGGGGCUUCCCUGGCAGGCAGGGCACGGGCAUGUGCCACCUCCCCCAGUUGUAGCCAUCCCGCUGCUGAACCUCUCGGAAACCCCAUCAGCUACAGAAGGCUCGCUGGAGUCCCCCAGUGCGCUGCUGAGCUCCGGGGUGAGCACGUGCUCCACGCCCAGAGUAGGCGCACCUGGUGCAGGUGCAUCUGUAGGGGCAUCUGGAGGUGGUGGUGGCACUGUGGGUGCCUCUGGUGGGGGCGGUGGCAGCCUGCUGGCGCCCAUCCACGUGCGCUUCAGUGGGCGCACGGCCUUCCCCCGCAGCGCUGACGUGGGCAGCAGCAGCGGGGGGGAGGGUCUGGCAGAGCGCGAGAGGGAGAGGAGGGCGAGAGGAGUAGGUGCAGCAGCAGCAGCGGAAGGAGUGGUGGGAGAUGUGGGGGCGAUGGGAGGGAUGGGGAUGGGCAUGGGGCGGCUGGCGAAGGCGAUGGACGGGGUGAGGAUGAGCGGGGGAGGGCAGUUUGCAGCGCACAUGCCCAGCUUCUAUGGCUCGCCUGCCAGUCGCACACACGCUCUGCAGAAGAAGGAAGAGGUAUCAGAGCACGUGGCGGCAUCAGAUAGCGACGACGAUGAGGAGCACAUGCGGGAUGCUGCUGACGUCAGCUCCAACGCCGCCUUCUCCUCCGAAGGCUCUGAGCAUGAUGAGGAGGAGGGCUCAGUGGCGAGUGACGAGUCGUUUAGCCUGUCGGAGGGCGGCACGGACGACGACAUGGGUGAGGGCGACAGCGCACAGCCCCUCCCCCACCACCUCUCGCUCUCCGCUGCUGCUGUGCCUCUGGGCAGCGAGCUCAACGUCUUCCUUGAUGCCGCCAGCCUGCCCCACGUGCUGCCCCACGUGCUGCCCUCUGCCUCCUACUAUGGUGAUCGUGGCAACGAGGGGAAUUACAGCGCUCACAGCAAUCAUAGCGCUGUACCCCGUCACCACUUCGAUGCUCCUGCGGGCAAUGCGCCCAUGGGGCACCGUGCUCCUGGGGCUUUGGGGCAGCACUACACCGCCCUGCAAGAGGGGGCUGCUGGAUCUGCAGGCAGGGCAGCACCACUGGCAGCAGCAGCUGCUGCUCUGGCAGGCCGAUCGCAUACUUUGCAGCACACAACCGGCCGUCCUCAUCCCCCACUCCAUCUGCACCGCGUGCCCUCGGCACCUGGUGCUGCAGGUGCUGCUUCCCGUGCCGGCCUGCCUCCCUGGCCCACAGGCCACUCCACGUCGUCUGCCAACUUCCUGCGCCAUGGGGCGGAUCCCCUGCCACCUGCUCCGCAUGCCUUUCCUCCCCUGCCACGUGCUGACUCCGCUGCCGGGAUCGCUGCCACUGCUGCGUCAGCUGCGGCCACGGCCGCAGCAGGGGCCUCCAGGGCCCAAGGGGGCCAGUCACAUUCCAGAAUGAAGCAGGAGGAGCACCAGGUAGCGAGCACGGACCACGUGCGUCUGUGCGUCAAGACAUGGCCGGCGCGGCCGAGCUUCGACGGCGGGGAGUACGAGCAGCAGAAGAAGCAGGCGCUGCUGGCGGUGAUCGUGCAUCCCUACUCGCGUAUGGGCGGCUCGCAGGCCGUUACGCAGGGGCUGGCGGAAUGCCUGUGCCUGCGCGGGUUCAACGUCGUGACGUUCGACCUGCGGGGCGCAGGCAAGUCGACGGGGCACGCAUCGUUCACGGGCGAGCCCGAGGUGGCGGACGUCAUGGCCGUGUGCCGCUGGGCAAGCGACAAGUACGGCCAGCGCAUUCUGCUGCUGGGGUCGUCCGCAGGAGCACCCAUUGCGGGCUCAGCCCUGCCGCACUGCCCACAGGUGGACCUGUACGUGGGCGUGGGGUACACCUUUGGCCUCCUCUCCUCGCUGUUCUUCGGCUCGCACUACUCCACCGUGCUCGCCUGGCCCGGCCCCAAGCUCUUCAUCAUGGGUGCUAAAGACGAGUUCACGAGCAUCAAGCAGCUGGAGGCGCGCGCAGGCAAGGCGCAGGGCGUGGCGAAGGUGAGCAUUGUGGAGGGCGUGGGGCACUUUGGGCUGGAGGGGCCUGCGUACGACGAGGAGGUGGCCAAGCGCGUGGGGGAGUUUGUCGCUGAGCAGGCCAGUGGUGGAGGGGACGGGGGUGCUGGUGGGGAGGAGGGGAUCAAGGAGAGUGUUAGCUAG